CUCUGGGCGGGGCCGGAAGAGGAAGUCGGCGCUGCAAUAGCGGCCCCAGCAGCAGCGGCGGCCCCUGCCCAGCCAGCCCCGCCGCCCGCGCCCGUCCGUGCCGGCCCCAGAGGCAGCGCCGCGGCGGGACCCGGAGACUGUACCAGCCGAGAAGCGCCGCGCCGCCGGGCGCCCAGCAGUCCGAUGGGGCCGCAGCGGCCGCUGCCCCUGGCCGCGACCGCCCUGCUCUGGGGCUUCCUGCUCCCGCUGACAGCUGCUCAGGAAGCAAUCCUGCAUGCGUCUGGAAAUGGCAAACCUGUACCGUCUAAGGACUACUGCAUGCUCUAUAACCCUCAUUGGACAGAUCUUCCAAGUACCCUAGAAAAUGCAACUUCCAUCAGUUUGAUGAAUCUGACUACCACACCAUUGUGCAAUCUUUCUGAUAUUCCACCUGAAGGAAUAAAGAGCAAAGCAGUUGUGGUACAGUGGGGAACCUGCCAUUUUCUUGAAAAAGCCAGAAUUGCAAAAACAGGAGGUGCUGAAGCAUUAUUGGUUGCCAAUAACAGUGUCCUAUUUCCUCCCUCAGGAAACAAAUCUGAAUUUCAUGAUGUGAAAAUAGUUAUUGCAUUUAUAAACUACAAAGAUUUUAAAGAUAUGAAGCAGACUCUUGGAGAUAACAUUACUGUGAAAAUGUAUUCUCCAUCGUGGCCCAACUUUGACUAUACUAUGGUAGUUAUUUUUGUAAUUGCUGUGUUCACUGUGGCAUUAGGAGGCUAUUGGAGUGGACUAAUUGAAUUGGAGAACAUGAAGGCCGUGACAAACACUGAAGAUAGAGAAAUGAGGAGAAAGAAGGAAGAAUAUUUAACUUUUAGUCCUCUAACAGUUAUAAUAUUUGUGGUCAUCUGCUGUGUUAUGAUGGUCUUACUUUAUUUCUUCUACAAAUGGUUGGUUUAUGUUAUGAUAGCAAUUUUCUGCAUAGCAUCAGCAAUGAGUCUGUACAACUGUCUUGCUGCACUAAUUCGUAAGAUACCCUGUGGACAAUGCGCGAUUACAUUUCGUGGCAAAAGCAUUGAAGUGAGACUUAUCUUUCUCUCUGGACUAUGCAUAGCAAUAUCUGUUGUUUGGGCUGUAUUUAGAAAUGAAGAUAGGUGGGCUUGGAUUUUACAGGAUAUCUUGGGGAUUGCUUUUUGUCUGAAUUUAAUUAAAACACUGAAGUUACCCAACUUCAAGUCAUGUGUGAUACUGCUAGGCCUUCUCCUCCUCUAUGAUGUAUUUUUUGUUUUCAUAACACCAUUCAUCACAAAGAAUGGCGAGAGCAUCAUGGUUGAACUUGCAGCUGGACCUUUUGGAAAUAAUGAAAAGUUACCGGUAGUCAUCAGGGUACCAAAGCUGGCCUAUUUCUCAGUAAUGAGUGUGUGCCUCAUGCCAGUUUCAAUACUGGGUUUUGGAGACAUUAUUGUACCAGGACUGUUGGUUGCAUACUGUAGAAGAUUUGAUGUUCAGACUGGUUCUUCUUCUAUAUACUAUGUUUCCUCCACAAUUGCCUAUUCUGUUGGCAUGAUACUUACAUUUGUGGUUCUGGUGCUGAUGAAAAAGGGGCAACCUGCUCUCCUCUAUUUAGUUCCUUGCACACUUAUUACUGCCUCAGUUGUUGCUUGGAGACGUAAGGAAAUGAAAAAGUUCUGGAAAGGUAACGGCUAUCAGGUGAUGGGCCACCUGGACUAUGCAACAAAUGAAGAAAGCCCUGUGGCUGCUGGCGAACAGAAUGUCCAACAAUAAUAUUUUGUAGACCUGUCAAUUGAUUUUCUACAAAUAGAGUUUGACUUUUGAAAUUGAUUUUUGAAUUGACAGUCUGAAAGAAGCUUCAAUGAUAUGCUUGCAAAUAUAUAUUUUUAAAGAGCUGGUACUGACAAUUACAUCAAAUAGUUGAAAUACAUUUGCUUUUAACUAUGUUAAAGUUGUGCCUUCACAUUAAAUAAAAGCGUAUGGUCUGUGUAAUUUUCAAGAUCUAUUAUACACAGUAUAUUUUUCUAAAAAACUGUCUUGACCCACCCCUCUACUAAAAUCUGUUUCUUUCAACUCUUAAUGAUAGAUUAAAGUAUUUCUGUCAACGUGA